UUCAGACUGAACAUGGGGUUGGGGAUUGGUGAAUGGGGUGCGGUUUUUCUGUUUGUGGUGUCGGUAAAUUUCCUGGAGGUCGUGUCUUUUAGUCAGCCUUCCGACUCCGAGUUUACCUUCGUAUUGCCGCCGGGCAGAGAGGAAUGUUUUUACCAAAAUGCCGGAUACAACAGUAGCAUGGAGCUGGAAUACCAGGUUAUUGGAGGUGCUGGAUUGGAUGUUGAUUUUAGUGUGUUUAGUCCUGUUGGUGAAAGUCUGAUCGUGGAAUCAAGGAAGUCUGAUGGUGUCCAUAUGAUUGAGCCUACAGUUAUUGGCGAUUACAAAAUCUGCUUUGACAAUUCUUUUAGUACCAUUUCUGAGAAGGUGAUCUUCUUUGAAGUGAUUUUUGAUGAUGCUGAGGAGGACUGGUCAGAGAUUGUGGAACCAGAAGAGCUACUGGAUGUUAAAAUAGAUGAUAUUAAGGAAUCGAUUGGAAACAUGAACACAAAACUAGCAAAAAGUAUGCAGAUUCAGGCCAUUCUCCGAGCCUUCGAGGCACGGGAUCGCAACCUGCAAGAAGGCAACUUGGAUAGAGUAAAUUUCUGGUCAGCUAUCAAUUUGGGAGUGAUGCUGGUGGUAUCAGUUGUCCAAGUCUACAUGUUGAAAAGUCUCUUUGAUGACCGCAGAAAAGUUCAAACAUAAACUCGAAAAAGAUGACUGGAAACAGAUGUGUUGACUAUCAUGGUUGAAUAACUGCAGAUCAUUUUAGUUGUUUUGGAUGGCUGUUUGUGAUUUUGCUGCUUUUGAAGCUAGUUGUGGGAUUGGAAUAAGCUAACAGCAAGGCUGGUAAGUGAAUUGUUCAAACUGGACUGUCCAAGGCUAGUUGCACAGAAUAUCCAUUAAUGUUAAAUACAUCUUCCUAGAAGGUCAAUAUGUUUAUUGUUAAUAAACAAACUGGGGGAAGGUUCUGGAAACCAGGACUUCUGAUCUUGUUUGAGGCUCAGAGACUUAGUAAGCAGUUCAGCUGUGCUUUUUUUAAACAAUUAAGGCAGCAGAUCAGACAUAUUCAUGAAGCCUGAGAAGAAUCAGCUGGAAUGGGACAGGUUGUUGCUCCUCAGAACCCAAGUGACAGCUGAAGAACUGUACCAGGGUCCCCAACAUACUGGUACUACUAAUCUAAAAGCAGUCUAGGGCAGGGGCCUGAACACCCCCUGCACAAAGGAGGUUGCCUGCAUGUGAGAGGCAGGCAUGCAAGAGAGAAAAUGUACUUCUUUUAAAAAAAAACAAACAAUCAGGUACACCAGAAAAUGUUGCAAUAGCCAAGGACUGGACUAUGCAGUAACUAAGAGUGUGCUAUUCCUGAUCACUAGUGCAUAUGGGCUGUAAGAUGGGUUUGGUUUAAACGUAUCACCAAGUGCUGUGAGUAGAAGGCAAAGGGAAUGACAAAGUGAAUGUCUAUACACAAGUCUGAGAAUGAUCUGACUGCCUGUUUCUGUGCCUCUUUUUCCACACAGACUAUUUUAUGAAAUAGUAACUUUUCUAUUAAAGGUGUUUUAAAUUGGUAGCAAA